AUGGUCGAACUGGAGAAAGAGGUGCUACCGCUGCCUCCUCGGUACCGGUUCCGAGACCUGUUGCUCGGGGACUGGCAGACCGACGACAGGGUGCAAGUAGAGUUCUAUGUGAAUGAGAACACUUUCAAGGAGCGCCUCAAGCUGUUCUUCAUCAAAAACCAAAGAUCCAGUCUGCGAGUGCGAAUGUUUAACUUUGCUCUGAAGGUGCUGAGCUGCCUCCUCUACAUCGUCAGAGUCCUUUUGGACAACCCGCAAGACGGAAGACUGGACUGCGUGAGCGGAGUAAACUGCACCAAACAGAACACAUCCUCUUCACGUCCCUGGAGUGAGUUUGACUGGAAACUGAUCAUCUGGGUGGAUAGACCUCUACCGCUGUGGGCACUGCAGGUGCUUGUGGCUUUCAUCAGCUUUUCAGAAACUAUGUUGCUCGUGUAUCUAAGCUACAAGGGCAACGUUUGGGAGCAAGUGUUACGUGUCCCCUUCAUUCUGGAGAUGAUCAGCGCCGUUCCCUUCAUGAUCACUGUGAUUUUGCCCUCCUUCAGAAAUCUCUUCAUCCCCGUAUUUCUCAAUUGCUGGCUGGCCAAACACGCUCUGGAGAACAUGAUAAAUGAUCUCCACAGGGCGAUCCAGCGGACCCACUCGGCCAUGUUUAACCAGGUGGUGAUACUCAUCAGCACGCUGGUCUGCCUCAUGUUUACGUGCAUCUGCGGUAUCCAGCACCUCGAACGAGCUGGCAACAACCUGACCCUGUUCGACUCGCUCUACUUCUGUGUGGUCACUUUCUCCACGGUGGGCUUUGGAGAUGUCACCCCCCAAAUCUGGCCCUCGCAGCUCCUGGUGGUCAUCAUGAUCUUUGUGGCGCUCAUCGUGCUUCCCAUCCAGUUCGAGCAGCUGGCCUUUCUUUGGAUGGAGCGGCAGAAGUCCGGGGGGAACUACAGCCGCUACAGGGCGCAGACGGAGAAACACGUGGUGCUGUGUGUCAGCUGCCUCAAGAUCGACCUCCUCAUGGACUUCCUGAAUGAGUUCUUCGCUCACCCCCGACUGCAGGACUACUAUGUGGUGAUCCUUUGCCCAGCAGAGAUGGAUGUCCAGGUCAGGAGGGUCCUACAUGUCCCUCUUUGGGCCCAGAGAGUCAUCUACCUGCAGGGUUCUGCCCUCAAAGACCAGGACCUGAUGAGGGCCAAGAUGGACGAUGCUGAGGCCUGCUUUAUCCUCAGUAACCGGUUUGAAGUGGACCGCAUUGCCGCUGAUCAUCAGACCAUCCUGCGAGCCUGGGCAGUGAAGGACUUUGCUCCAAAUUGCCCCCUUUACGUCCAGAUUCUAAAGCCGGAGAACAAGUUUCAUGUCAAAUUUGCAGAUCAUGUGGUGUGUGAAGAAGAGUUUAAAUACGCCAUGCUGGCUUUGAACUGUGUGUGCCCCGGUACCUCGACACUCAUCACUCUAUUGAUCCACUCCUCCAGAGGACAAACGGCACCCCAAGAGGCCUUCAAGCAACGUGUAGGAGCCUUUCAAGCCCUCAACAGGGAGGGGGGUGGAUGUUCAGCUGACCAAUGGCACCGAACCUACCGCCGCUGCUCAGCCAAUGAGGUGCAUCACAUCCGCCUGGAGGAAAGUAAAUUCUUCGGGGAAUACCAGGGCAAGAGCUUCACCUUCGCCUCCUUUCAUGCUCACAAAAAGUAUGGAGUGUGUUUGAUCGGAGUGCGCAGACUGGAAACCACCAACAUCCUGCUGAACCCGGGUCCCUGCCACAUCAUGGGGGCGUCUGACACAUGCUUUUACAUCAAUAUCUCCAAAGAGGAGAACUCAGCGUUUGUCAGGGGCCACAAAGAGCCAUCAUGGGGCAGCACAGGAGGAAAUACCAGAGGAGUGCCUCAAACAAUCUACCAUGGACUCACCCGCCUGCCAGUCCACAGUAUCAUCGCCAGCAUGGGCACAGUGGCCAUCGACCUGCAGGACUCCAGCGACAGCAGCCCAGAGGGCCAGGACCCCGGGAACACUGUGCUAGGCAGCGGAAGAGGAAGCAGGAACAGCUCCAGGGCCGACAUGGUUGGUGCAAACACUUUGGCCUUGCCUGCCAUGGGAGAGUCAGCCGAGGAGAGGCGGCACAGCAUUGCCCCUGUCCUGGAGCUGGUGGACGGCGUAAACAACCACUUUGACCUGCUCGGGGACCAAUCAGAGGACGAGGGGGGAGACGAGGGCAAGGAGGACAGUGACAGAGACGAGAGCGCCCACUGGUGGGGUCGACACUGCGAGUGGGUGAAGGGAUACCCGCUGAACUCUCCAUACAUCGGCAGCUCGCCUGCGCUGUGCCACCUCCUUCAAGAAAAAAUGCCUUUCUGCUGCCUGCGUAUGGACAAAGCUUGUCACCACACCCUGUUUGAGGAUGCCCGCUCCUACGGCUUCAAAAACAAAUUGAUCAUUGUGUCCGCGGAGAGCGCAGGAAACGGCCUCUACAACUUCAUUGUGCCUCUCCGGGCCUACUACCGACCCAGGAAGGAGCUCAACCCCAUCGUGUUGCUGCUGGAGAGCAUACCUGAAGCAGACUUCCUUGAGGCAAUCUGUUGGUUCCCCAUGGUGUUCUACACAGUGGGCUCCAUCGACAAUCUGGACAGUUUGCUGCGAUGUGGAGUCACUUUCGCCGACACCAUGGUGGUGGUUGACAAAGAGAGCUCCAUGAUCGCAGAGGAGGACUACAUGGCUGACGCGAAGACCAUCGUCAAUGUCCAGACCCUCUUCAGACUUUUCCCAGCUCUUAGUAUCAUCACAGAGCUCACCCACCCAGCCAACAUGCGCUUUAUGCAGUUUAAAGUCAAAGACCACUACUCUCUGGCUCUGUCCAAACUGGAAAAGAAGGAAAGGGAGAAAGGAUCGAACCUGGUGUUUAUGUUCCGCCUGCCCUUCUCUGCAGGGAAGGUGUUCAGUGUCAGCAUGCUGGACACUCUCCUCUACCAGUCAUUUGUGAAGGACUACAUGAUCUCCAUCACCAGGCUGCUGCUGGGUUUAGACUCCAUGCCUGGCUCAGGUUUCCUUUGUGCUAUGAAAAUCACAGAGGAUGACCUGUGGAUCCGCACCUACGGCAGGCUCUACCAGAAACUGUGCUCCUCCACUGGAGACAUCCCCAUCGGCAUCUAUCGGACGGAGGCACAUAAGCUUCCAGUCUCUGAGUCCCAGGUAUCCAUCACAGUGGAGGACUACGAGGACACCAGAGAACCCAGGGAGCCCCUGUUGUCCCGUACCAGUGCUCACCGUAACAGCACCUCAUCAGAGCCCAUCUCCACCUCCUCCCACUCCUCCGACCACCCGCUGCUCCGGAGGAAAAGCAUGCAGUGGGCGCGGCGGCUGAGCAAAGGGGGGCGGGGCUCCAGUGGGGCCAAGGGGGGUCCGGGCAGUGCUGCAGAGCGGAUCAACCAGCAGAGACUGACCCUGUUCAGACGCUCUGAGAGGCAGGAACUCAACGCACUCGUGAAAACAAGGAUGAAACACUUGGGCCUUUCUUCAACUGGAUUCAAUGGGAUGACAGAUCAAGGGAACAGACUGUCUUAUAUCCUCAUCAACCCCUCUCCAGACACCAGACUGGAGCUGCACGAUGUCGUGUACCUGAUCAGGCCGGACCCCCUCUCUCUGGUACCCAAUCAGGGUAGCAGCAGGAAGUGCAGCGCCGGGAUCCCAGAGAGCCACAGGUUCGAUACGCAGGACAGCACCCAUCUGUGAGAGACAAAAAAAUAAAAAGACAAAUAGACUGUCAGAACACUGCCAGUGAGAGGAGACACAUCAAUAGACUCAGAAAUUAAGGAAUGGUGAGAUGGAAAGGGGUGCAGCCAGAUGGCAGCUGCAGCCAGAUGGCUCAUGGCCCUCAUAUUUUCUCCACACUCAGUCUGGAUGAACCGAAAGGUGCCAGUCUUGCAUGGACCUUUUCUAUAACGAUUGGAAUGUUUUAUUUAUGCACCUUUCUAUUUUCAAAGCGGAGCGCUGCGGACACAGAAGUGCAUUUAAUGAAAACCUGUGUGUAUUUAUAUCUGUGUAUGUGCAUGUUAGGUACUGCAUCAUGUACAUGCAGUGUGUAUAUGUGUGUGUUCUGUAUGUAUGUGCAAGUGUGUGAAUGAGUGUGUGUGUGUGUGUGUGUGUGUGUGUGUGUGUGUGUGUGUGUGUGUGUGUGUGUGUGUG